CGGAAGCACGUGGGGUAAACAGGAAGUAGUUUUGGCAUUUGGCGGGUUGAGCCGUGAAGACGUGCAGAAAUGGCGGCUAUGAAUGACAUGGAGAAGAAAUUUGCGGAGUAUAAAUGUGACACCAAUGAAGCUUUAUGUCUGAAAUUAGUGAGGUUUCCAGAGGAUAUCGAUGAUGAAAGCACAACAUUUCACCCUGAGUACAGUCAUCAGCUCUUUGGAGAUGAUGAAGUGGCAUUUGGCUACAAAGGUCUUCAAAUCCAGCUGUUCCACAGCGCCGGGAACCUGAGCACUCUAUUUAAAGUCAAAUACAAUUCCAGGGUCACAGACCAGUUUGACUGUGUGGAGCCAGAUGAUGUGGAGGGGAAGAUUAGAGAGAUCAUUCCUGCGGGUUUCUGCUGUAACACAGAUGACUUCAUCUCUCUCCUAGAGAAAGAGGCCAACUUCAAACCCUUUGGCAGCCUGCAACACACCUAUAAAAUACACAACGUGGAGGCAGGAGAGGAUCUGACCUACCAGAUACACAAGGUGGAUAUCCUAUGUCCAGGUUUCAGAGAAUAUCAUGAGCGCUUGCAGACAUUUCUAAUGUGGUUCAUCGAGACAGCCAGUUUCAUUGACGUGGAUGACGAUCGCUGGGAUUUCUUCCUAGUAUUUGAGAAGUACAAUAAGGAUGGAGAGACCCUCUACGCAACGGUUGGCUACAUGACAGUGUAUAAUUACUACGUAUACCCAGACAAAACCAGACCACGUGUCAGCCAGAUGCUGAUCUUACCUCCGUUCCAGGGAGAAGGCCAUGGUGCUCAGCUCUUAGAGACGGUCCACAAAUACUACUGCAGUUCCCCUAAAGUUCAGGACAUCACAGCGGAAGAUCCAUCUGAGAACUACGUGAAGCUGAGAGAUUUUGUUCUGGUGAAGCUGUGUUUGACUCUCCAGUCCUUCUCCGAUGAGAAACUCUUGCAGGGCUUCAGUGAUGAGAUGGUGUCUGAGGCCAGAGAGAAACUCAAAAUCAACAAGAAACAUGCACGACGUGUUUAUGAAAUCCUGCGUCUUAGAAACACGGACAUGAGCGAUGAAGAGAAGGCCAAAGAGUUUCGUCUGGAGGUGAAGAGAAGACUUUAUGGACCCUACAGAAAGAACCAACGUGAGCUGGCCAAGAUGAGGAAAUGUUUGAGACCAGAGGAGUUGGCAUCCCAGGUCAACCAGAUGGACACAAGACUGCAGCAUGAGGAACUUGAGAAGAGCUACCAGGAUGUGCUGGUGGAAUAUCGUAGAGUCCUGGAGCGACUGGCUCAGGUGUAAACAAACAAACAAACAGAAAGAGAGAGAGUUUCUGCACAGUCCUGGAAAGACUGACUGAGACAUCUACGCCACACACAAAUAGUCCUGGAUUGACUUCUGUUCUGUUUUCCCAGUGUUAUAAACAUGAUGCAGCUGCAUUUGUUAUGGGUAAUCAUUCAUUUAAUCUGAGUGCAUCUGUCUACUUUGGAGCUGAGCUAAAGAUUUUUUGAGCUAAUGUUGUCAAGGUUUUUUCCAUGAAAUGUUUUCCUUACAAUGUAAAAAUGUAGAUUUUCAAGCACUUGGAAAAAAUAAAAUGUUUUGUAUAUUGCUCAAAUGUACGGCUUGUGACGUAUGUCAUCUCUUUGGUGAUUUUACAAAAUAAAAGAGCCUCAUUUUUUACUA